AUGUCCGUCAUUCCCUUGUUCGGGCUCACCGUUCUCUUUGAGUCAGCGAGCCAAUUUGACGAAGUGCGCGAGGUUGCGAAAUUCUUAGGACGCUUCGUCUACAACCUCGUGCGAACGGAGAUUAACGUAACUGACACUAAAAUCGUCUUCUUUGAAUUAGUCAGUAUGUACACUCCGCAAAGCUCUCUUGCAAUCGCGCUGACGCUCUUUGGUCAUAGUCACCUCGCCUCCUUCGAAGCUGCCGUUCGAUCUUCGCUCGCGGAUGUGGAUUAUGACGAGGGACUACUCAGCCAUGAUGACCCAGUCUUUCUGCAGAUCACGGCUUGGCUGAUCCGCUGCGCGUGUGCUCCGCAGGUGGACCCUUCAGGCUUGCUCGCAAACAAGCUGCGGGACUUCAUUCAGGCUCAGCCGCAGCUUUCGGAAUUGCCGCCGCCGCUUUUCUAUGUUGGUGGGAGCGGAGAUCUCAGGGAAGAGAUCGAUCGCGCCAUUGUUGACUUGGAACUGGAGGACAUUGAAAGCUGUGUUUGUCCCAUUCGCAAUCACGCUCUUCAAAUCUUGCGCGAGUUCAUGCGUCUUGCCAUGAACUGUGGAGCAGUGUGGGACAAAUAUGGUCCGAAGGAGUGGGAUCUUGCAAGCAGCCCUCCCCAAUUGAGCGAGGAGGCGAAGUUUGCCGGCUACAUGUCAGUCAUCGAGACCUGGCGCCGCAUGAUUGCGAACCCGUUCUCCGAAGCACCGUUGCACAUUCGGCAUAUACUCGCACGCGUCAAUGUGGUCGUCGCAGUGGGGUACUUCCUUGAGGAUCUGGAGAAAAUGAGCCACAAUUACUCAGACGUGAUCCCUGUCACCAUGGAUAGGAUGGGAGAUCGCUUCGUCCAAGAGGUGCAAUGGGCUGCAGAGGAUAUUGACUAUGAAACAUUCCAUCAGUUCAGGGAGACCCGUCUUCACAACCCAUUUUUAGGUCCGUGCAUCCCACAAUCAUCAUUCGCGCGGCCUCUUGGUGAACUGGAGUUCACGCGACAACCUCUUGGAGAGUCAUACGAGGUCAGUGGUAUCCCUACGAGUGAUCGGCUCCACCUAGCAGAUCUGGCUGGCGUUGAACUCCCAGCUAAUUUUCGGCGGUACGAGUACUUGACGGAUCUUUUCUACGGCCCAUUUCCCGAGACCAUCGUUCGACCGCAUCUCGCUCGGCAGCCGCUCCUCGUAGAAGAUGCCUCCAUAUACUCGGGCCAACUCGAGCUUGCAACUCCCCCUCGACUUGUUGCUGUGGGGCCUCUCAUUCGUGCUAGCGAUUACAGCCAUCCCGUCAAUGAGGCUGACCUUCGAGAGGAUGACCUAUGCUUGAUCUGCCAGAAUAAUUUUGGAAAGGAUGUUGACCCUACCAAUCCCGCCGUUCGCUUGCAUGCCUGCAAUCAUUUGAUCCACCUGGAAGAGUUGGAGCAACUUCUGAACGCCGCAUACUUUGCGCAGCCUCAGGUGCGGUGUGGGCUCUGCCGAACUCCUAUCUGUGCAACGCGUCAGACGAUCGAGGUUGUUGACUAA